CUCCCAGACCCACAGCUGAGUAUGACCUCGCCAAUCGGGCAGAAGCCGAGUGAUGUGGAAGGAGUACCGAUGAUGUACAAGAAUUUGAUGUGUUCCAAGUACAAGGUUUUCUGGGAGGCGGCCAUGAAGAAAGAUAUAGAUGGCCACGACAAGACUGGAACCUUUCCCAAGGUCAAGGAGCUGCCCGAGGGGCGGAAGGCGAUAGGUUCAAAGUGGGUGUUCUCUUGGAAGACGAAUGAGAAGGGCCUGAUAGUCGACUCCAAGGCCCGUAUGGUUGCGCGGGGUUUCUCUCGAAUCCCCGGCAUCGACUUCCACCACUCAUCCUCAGCGUGCCCGUCUGCAGCGUCUAUCAAGACGGUGAUUGCCGUAGCCACUGAAAAGGGAAAGAAACUCGCUCACUGGGAUGUGAAGCAAGCGUACAUCCACGCUAAGCUAACAGAAGAAAUAUACCUCAGGUUCCCGGAAGGCUGUGGUAGCAUGUCCGGCAAGGUGGUCAAGGUUGAGCGUGCCCUGUAUGGCCUUAUGCAGAGUGGCCGUGAGUGGGGAUUUGAAGCUGCCGAUGCCCUCAUCGAGAAUGGAUACAAGCAGUGCAGGGUUGAUCCGUGUGUCUUCCGGAAGGUGGUGGAUGGAGAGGUCUUCGCUUUCCUCAACAAGAAGUCCCCGGUGAAAGAUCUGGGGGAGUGUACCUGGUACGACGGGUGUGCUAUCGCCAUGGAUGUAGAAAAUGGCAUCACCAAGCUGUCCCAGACAGCAUACAUCGAGAGUAUGCUGAAGCGGUUUGAUGUGACCACGACCGCUUUCACCCCUGCUGCCACCGAUGCCGACCUAGGGCCGAAGAGAGAUGACGAGCCCGCGGUGGAUAAGCCUGUGAGGGAGGCGAUCGGAUGCCUGAUGUGGACGAAGCUGACGAGGCCAGACAUCGCCCUGCCUCUGAACAAGCUCCAGAAGAUCGCCCACUCACCCACCGGGAGGAUAUGGAACGCGCUUGUGCGGAUCAUGUCCUACCUGAACUUCACGAAGGACUUCGGCAUCACCUACGUACGGGGGUCAGGACUAGACCUAAGCGUGUUUGUCGAUGCCAGCUACGCUGACAACGAAGUAGACAGGCGUUCUACGACCGGGCUAGCUGGCGUGAAGGAGGCGUUAUUUGUGCGUGGCGUUCUGUCGUUCAUUGCGCCCGAGACGAGUGGGGCGAAGAUCAAGGUCCUUGAGGACAACAAGGGGGCUCUCGCCUUAAUCGAGAACCCGUUCAGCUCGCGAGGAGCAAGCACAUCGACGUGCGGUUCCAUUACAUUCGCGAGCUAUUCAAGUCGGGCAAGAUCACUGCAGAGAAGCGUUGUGCCGGCGCGUCACCCGCGGCUGGAGCCUAGAAACGCCGAGAGCGUUGCUUCGGGCUGGGAAUUGCCAAUGAAUUGGAUCACGCCCGACAGCGCGCACAAAGGCGAGCCUAGGCACGGCGGUCGCUUGAUCCUACGCUACAGCUCAGAUCCGGCCACGGGGUGCGCGCCGAAAUGGAAGCUGAGAGAGACGCUCAUGGCACAUGUUCUAGCAGGAGAUAACCCACACGAACUACGGUGAUCGUGGUAAUUAUUGAGCGCACACCUUGCCGGCGGUAGCUUUUCUCAGUAUUGCUCAAGUGUAGUGCAGCUGUGACCGUGCGAUAUCAACAUUUUGAAGCUUUUGGGGGACGGAUGGAUGUGUUGCUUCACUGUUGUUGAAGCAACAAACACCAGGUGGAAGAGUGCCCAUGACGACCUAGAAACGUGCGAAUAAUGAAGCUGACGGUGUAGUCUAGUCUACGCAGCAACCCCGUGGACGAUGCAAGCAUGCAGAUAGCUGGAACGGUUGGCGUCCGGUUUGUAAGAGGACAAAAGGGUGGGUGUUCGCGUCUGUGCACACGAUGCUCCGCAUGUCGCGACUAGGCGCAUUCAUAUUGCUGUUGCACAAAAAUCAAGGCUGCUCGGAAAAAGGUUAUCCGACACGGACAGGUCCCCCGGGCAGGGCCCAAUAAAAACAAGUACCAUUUUGGUUCGUUCCUGUCUUGUUAUUGACCCUAGACAUACCUGUGGUGCACACAACCUGUUUGACCUGAUUUUGCAGAUGAAACACCGGCACUAGAAUACGCCGUAAAUGCCUGCGCCAAGAACGCGUUGUUGGUGGAGUAACUAUUUACACGACAAUCAUCCGUACAUCCUCACCACAUCCUUGAAUCAAUUCUCGGCGAAACAAAAAAGCACGGAGAAAAAGUAGCGUCACGCCCCUGCGCGCGUGACCCAUGCUCGACGGAAACCGCGGAAAUAUGUAGGAGCUCGUGACAAAGCUGAGUGUUCCGUUCACCUACAGCCCAAUAUUUCCGAAUAAACUCAUCAUUCCCUCAGGCAAAACAAUACGUCACCCGUGAAGAACGCCGUGUCGGAGUGCGGUAAGGGUCCAGUCGUCCCCAAGUCCAAGUGUGUAAACACGCGUCCAUUCGCGAAUUUAAUAGGUUCCCACCGCAUAUUUGUAUGGCACACCCUAAACUGAAAUAAAAGAAACAAAUACAAGAACAAACACACGUACAAGUAGUUUUUUUCGCGCCUGGAAGCAAUACACUCGGCUUUCUAUCUACCUCGGUCUGUCCAAGCGAGUUGUAGGCAAAUAAAACGUUCCAGAGAGAGAAUCGAACCCACAACCUGCUGCCAGUACGUACGAGGUGAACCUUUGGCCACAGGGGGUCACAAAAAGUUCGUGGACGUCAAAAUUUCACCAACUUACACACACAUGACACCAUUGCCAUGCUUUUCUACGGUUUCUGCAGCCUGUCGCCGAUUGCAACAAGGUGAAUUCAAUACUGCACAACACAACCACCCUCUGGGCAGAAUCGCCGCGCUCUAGCCUGCCCAACCGAUGUACAUUUCAAUACCAAGCGUUCUCCCAGAGAGAGUAAAGCGCUGACCUCUUAUUAUCCGAUACGAUGCCAGGCACAAGAGAUCACGCUCCUUUUCUCUAUAUCUCGACACAAGAGGACACAAGAUAAAAGGAACCUCAAAACGGAACAAACAAUUAGUCGCCUCUUUACCGAGUCCAUCGUGAUCACUGCCUCGGUCACAACAGUCUUCACACCGCAUAUAAGGCGAAUCGGGAAACACUCCACACAUCAUUCCGAAGGAACGGCAAAACAGCAUCAUACACCCCCAACAAUCUGAAAAAGAACUACACUGUACCGCUCGUGGGAGUCAGCUUCCAUCGGGCAUACAAAAUGUUCGCGAGUGCGGUCGUGACAGAGAGAUCACAUCUCGAGCCAAUUCGUACCAAGUGAUGCAGUCGUCUGCUGCUUGAAAAUGGACAGCCCAAAGGAGUACAACAACAUAUCUGUUCCUAUUACGCGGUGAAUGGCCGGGCUUUUGUGAGCCCAUUGAAGCACCUCAUCGCGAAGCCCGGUCAUUACCCCCGGAUUUCUCUGCUUGAACACGUUCCACUCACGCACGGGUGACCGCACGCGCGCGUUGAAGAGCUGCAUAG